AUGAGUUUUCCAAAUGAAUCCAUGCCAGAUUCUCCUCAGAGAAAGAUUGGAAGGGGAAAGAUUGAGAUCAAGAGGAUCGAAAACACAACGAAUCGCCAAGUUACCUUCUGCAAAAGGAGAAAUGGCUUGCUUAAGAAGGCAUAUGAGUUAUCUGUGCUUUGUGAUGCAGAAGUUGCUCUUAUCGUCUUCUCCACUCGUGGCCGUCUCUAUGAAUAUGCAAACAACAGUGUGAAAGCUUCUAUUGAGAGGUAUAAGAAAGCAUGUUCUGAUACUUCUGGUGCUAAAUCAUCUUCUGAGACUAAUGCUCAGUAUUAUCAGCAAGAAGCUGCGAAACUGCGAGUGCAAAUCAGUAAUUUGCAGAAUCAUAACAGGCAAAUGAUGGGUGAAGCUUUGAGCAAUAUGAAUGGUAAGGAACUGAGGAACCUUGAGAGUAAACUAGAAAAAGGAAUUAGCCGAAUUCGCUCCAAGAAGAAUGAAAUGCUAUUUGCUGAAAUUGAGUACAUGCAGAAGAGGGAGAUAGAGUUGCAUAAUAGCAAUCAGGUUCUUAGAGCAAAGAUAUCAGAAAAUGAUCAGAGGAACAACCAUAAUGUUAAUGUGUUGCAUGGAGGCACAAACUUUGAAUGCAGGACCAGAUGUCUCUUCAAUUUGUUUGAUGCGUUCGCGGUUGAGAAGGGCAAAGACUUGGAGUUUCUGGUAUUUGAAUCUUGGCAAUGUUAUGAUAGUGUAUGCGUAAAGAAAAUAUAA